UGGCGCUGCUGGCUAGUUUGCAGAGGAGGGGAGAAGGAGAGGGCCUGGGUCUUCCCUCCAGAGCCAUACCGGGGCCCCCCGCACCCCCCUCCAUUUUACUGUAAAUCUCAUUAAGUGUCAUUAGCCAAGAAGAGUUUCCACGGGAUUAGAGGGUGCCCCGCCCCAUGUCUGCCUCGUCUCCUUCCCUCAACCCAGAAAUCGCAUGAGCUGGGACAAAGAGAGUUAAAAGCUCUAUCAGCUGCUGGUCUGGGACAGACAGACGGAAGGAAGAAGACAGGUGGUGCAGCAUGACAGGUGGCUGAGAGGGCAGGCGAGCAGUAGGAGAGUUGACUGGCAGGGUGGUUUGCAGAUGAACAGACAAGCAGGCAGGUGGCCAGACAGAUAGGCAGAGAGACGACAGGCUGAGAUUGCAACAGUCAUCCGGAGGAACCCGCAGGCGGAGAAACAAGAACCUGGAAGUGGACCACCAUGGUGUCCAGCAUCUUUUUUCUCCUGUGUUUUAUUGGGCUCAGCCACGAGAACACACAGAAGAUUUUUAAAGGCAUGGAGUGUAUCCCUCACUCUCAGCCUUGGCAGGUGGGGCUGUUUGAAGGUACACAGCUGCGCUGUGGGGGAGUCCUCAUUGACCGCAGGUGGAUUCUCACAGCUGCUCACUGCAGCGCUAGCAGGUACUGGCUGAGCCUGGGGGAACACAGCCUCAGCCAGCUGGACUGGACCGAACAGAUCCGGCACAGUGGCCUCUCCGUGACCCACCCUGGCUACCAGGCAGCCCUGCAGAACCAUGACAAUGACCUCCGGCUUCUGCAAGUGGGCCUCCCUGUCCACUUGACCCGCAGCAUCCAGCCCCUGCCCCUGCCCGCGACCUGUGCAGUGCCUGGCACCAAGUGCCACAUCUCGGGCUGGGGCACCACCAACCACCCAGGGAACCAGUUGUCAGACCGACUCCAAUGCCUUAACCUCUCUAUCGUCUCUAAUGCCACCUGCCGGGCAGCGUUCCCCGGGAGAAUCACGGACAACAUGGUGUGUGCUGCCGGCAUCGCUGGGGAGGAUGCCUGCCAGGUUCUGUCUUCACAGCCUCUCCAGGAGUUGGAAAGAGAAUUUCUUCUCCCCAACGAAUGGAAGGGAAAUUUGAGGUGGGAGAGGGUGAGGGGUGACUAUGACAGCUGUGGAGCAUUUGCCGACUGCCUAUUGUACUGGGCUCUCUUGGAGUCCUCAUCCUAACCGCCUGAGGCAGGGCUGUCACCCCCAUCUCACAGAUGAAGACACUGAGCCUCGCCGGGGUCGAGUCUCUCGUCCCACAUCACUGUGGUAGGAAGAGGCAGUGCCGGGGUUUGGGGCCAGGGCUGGCUGCUGUCAGAACCCAGGCCUACCCCGUGGUCUUGCUUCACAUCUCGUUAGGGGAGAGAGGAGGGUAAGACAGAGGGAGAACUAACUGGUAACAAGCUGGGAGAAGUAGGGAUUGUCACUUGAGUUUUGCAGACGAGGAAAUUGAGUUGGCUCAGAUUUGGGAAGUCAUCGGACCUACGUCACAGAGCAAGUAAGUGCCACAGUGGGAUUCCGAGGACCCUGGGGUUCCUGGCAGCCUAAGAGGCUGGCAGAAGGGAGUGGAGGGAAGGGUCGGCACCCUCCUGCCUGCCCCUUCGGCUGGCAGCAGCCCCACCUGUGUGGCGUCCCAGUCCCCCCACCCCGCUCCUUGGAAUGAUGAAGGGAGGGGCCCAGAAGGGGCCAGGGUCCCACCUGGGCUCGGGCUGUGGGGAGGGAGGGGCUGGGACAAGAGAUACAGAGAGGCUGGGAGAUGAGGAGGAUGGAGACGGACUUAGACACAGAAGUGGAGGGAGGGAGAGAAAGAGACAGGGAUGGAGGCAGGCAGAGACAGAGACACAAAGAAAGGUAUAAAGUAUUAGAGGAGAUGUGCAGAGAGACACUGGGAGAGAAGAACAGAGUUAGACAAAGAGAAAAAGGCCCAGAGAUACAUAGGAACAGAAAGAAAAAUGACACACACACACAUACACACAAAGAAUUAUAGAAAUGUGGGAGAGGUAAAGAGAGACAGGGAAGGAUGCAGACAGAGGGACGGACACAGAGGUGUGGGGAAACAGAGAAGCAGAGAGAAGAGGGGCUUGGGGAGGUGACAGUGACAGGUGGGCAGCACCUUCAAGGCCCAGGGCUGGCCUGGGGAGGGCUCCCACACACCCCGCCCCCAGGGCAAUAAGGCAGGGUUGGGAAGCCCAGUCA